UCAAAGUGUUAAACUUGGUUAAAUUACACUUGAUUCUUACACGUUUCCGGAAUAUUCUUUAUUACGACCAAUGAGUUUAUUAACGGAAGAUCAUCAAUCUAUUCAAGAGUAUGAAAAAUCGUUAAAUUGUUUAAUAGCAGAGAAAACUGAAAUUGUUCUGUCAGAGACAACAAUUUACUUUAAUUCUGAAUCCAAUACCAAUCUUAAGAAUCCUGCAUUAUCAAUUAUAUCUAAAAAGAGUAUCAUAAAAACGGAGUCGUUAAAAACAAUAUUAAUAGCAAAUCCGGAAGUUGUUGAGUUCUGUAACUGUGAAGCUCAUAAAACUUAUAAAAAAACAGUGAUCGUGCAGAACAUUGACACACAGUUGGCGCGAUUCACAAUCAAAAGCAGACCCGCAAAGUCAGCCUUCACUGUUUUUGUCGAGUCGAAGAAUGCCGAAAAGGAAAAUAUCGCACCAGGAAUGCACGUAAGACUAGUCAUACAUUUUCGAUGCGAUGUUGUUGCUGAAUGUGAAGAAUCAUUGAUGCUGGCCGUUCAAAAUGGCCAAUCGGUUGUUAUUAAGUUGAAGGCUCAUCGAGAUCCUCCUAUUUUGAGAGCUUUCGAACAAAUACAUUCAACCUCGUCCUUUAGAAAACGACUCCACGAAAGCUCACUGUCAGACUCUGGUGCAUUAAUUGACGAUUCAUAUUCCUUCAGGUCGAAGUCGUUUUCUAGCGACAAAAGUUCUACGGAAUACACCGACAGUAUUAGCAGUAGUUAUACUUCAUGCGGUGGUUUAACACAAUCGACUUUUGACUGUAAAAAAUGUUUUGUAGGAGAGUUUGCAAUUGUUUCCACAGUUUUCAAAAACAAUGGUGGAAAUGCAAGAUUUUUCAUAAUGAGUGAAAUGGAUUGGUGCUCCAUGAGAAUCAAUGAUGUUACUAUGAAAAAUAUAUUGAUAGUUUCUCCUUUUGCGUUUUGGCCAGCUUACUUUGAAUUGAAAAAAGACGAGCAAGUAACUUUAUACACUUACUUUUUCCCUGAUUCUUACGGUUUGCAGGCAGACGAAUUGUACGUUGUUAGUGACAAUUGCGCAAUAAAAACGAUUGAAGUUGUUGGUGAUGGAAUUAUACUAGAGCCUCAACUCAUACUGUUCGACAAAAAUAUUAAAUAUCAAUGGUUUGAAACAAGAAAACACGAAUUAUGCACAAUACUUUACUUGGAUCUUGGUUCUGGUACCUCUAACAAAGUAUUAACAACCACAUUUACCGUUACGAGCAAAUGUGAGCUGGACUUGCAUUAUCGAUGGGAAAUAAAUAGUAUUUUGCUUUGUCCAGACGAGUGUCAUUAUACUAUUAGUAGAAAAGCUUUGAACGUGAAUAAAUUAAAAAUCCAGCCGAGCUACGGAAUUUUUCAAUCCAAUUCAAUUACGACGUUCACGGUGAUGACUAAUUUAUGCAAUCUGGCGCCUGAUCAGUAUCGAUCGACUUUGCAAUUAAUUAUUGAAGAUGUGCCAUUUGCCGCAAUCCCCAAAAAAUAUAACUAUGCGUAUCAAAACAGCAUAGCGAAUCGACGUUUGUGUGAAAAUACAGUAGAUGUAUAUUUUCAAAAUCUCGAAGUACGUCUAAAAUGUAUAUCAGAAGAUUCUGACGAUAAAAAGUAUGAUAAAAUCGACAGGAUAGAAGACCACGCGAAGGGGGACACUUUUAUGACAAUGAUGAAUUUCACAGAUAUGUCUUUACUGUCCGAUGACAUGUUUCCACCAGAUCCACCCGAAUCGAACACUUCGAGAAGUGACGACGUUUGUCGGUUUAUAAAGGGCUAUGGAACUUGCGAUUGUUGUCAAGCGACAUUGGUUAGCACUGCAGUGCUAAGGCCUGGAGGACCACUUUUCGUGGGAGUGGAAGCAAAAUUUUCUGCCGUUCUUUGUAAUAGAAGUUCAAAACCAGUGAAGUAUUGGUGGAGUAAUGCCGUAGGAUCCGAUCAUACCAAGAUAAAAAUGAAAAUCGAUCCCAAGUAUGAUUGCAUUUUACCCCACUCGUCGCAAAUUGUAACGUUAAAGUGUCUUCCGUUGGAAACCGGCAAUGUCUCGUCGAUAUUUUUACCCUGUCAAUUCAAUGGAACGAACCCACUAGUCUUAUCAUUUGAAUGCACAAUCAAGGCAUUGCGUGUUGCCUUUUUCUUUCCUUUGACUUAUGAAGACAAUUUCUUAAACGAGACAAUUCGUAUUGAAUGGAAUUCCGAUGAAUAUUUGUCAAAGUUUGAUAAAGAGACUGGUGAGAUAAAAUUGUUCAAACCACGACUAAUAGAAGAAAAAGUGAUCCACACCGUUGAGCUGAAUAGCAGUGAAUCGCUACAACUGACUGAUAUGGAUACGAUAACGUCAGGCAAUAGUUACGAAAAUGAAGAAGAUAUUUUUAGCAAUGAAGAUAUUACAGUAAGCAAACAUGAUAAAAUUAACAAUGAGCAUGAAUUUAACGAUAGCGAAGAUAGCAAAAACUAUGUAACCGAAUGCCGUGCCGUUGAUAAUACAGACAAUACUGAAUUAAGUCAUAUUGACUUGGUUUCGAAUUUGUUCCGCUAUGAAGAAGAAUCAUUGACAGAAGCAGGAACAUCCUUUGAUAGUAACGAAAAUAUGGAAAACUUGAAAAUAUUACCUUAUCUCGAUUUUUAUUCUGAUUUGAUAAGGAAAAAUUUUCGCUACUUACCACUUGUUAUUGAAUUUCACAUAACGUCUGGACAAAGUAAAAGAAAACGAAUUUAUUUGCAAAACGAAAGUCCCAUAGCUAGUUAUUUUUUUGUAAAAACUAAACAGUCUUGGCGUGAUGAUAAAGACGAAGCUGAUAAAGAUUCUAUGUUAGAUGAAUCAAAAGAAUUGAUGUCAGGCAUUACAUUAAAAGUUGAUCCCUUGAACGGUGAAAUAGGAUCUUACGAAGCAGUUUUCUUUGACGUAAUUGCCAGCAGCAAUACUUGGGGAAUAUACACUGAUCAAAUCACUGUUAACAUUGAUUUGUUACCUUCUUAUACCUUCUGGGUUCGCAUCAUUAACGGCAACUCACCGAUUUCUUAUCCUAUUUGCGGAAACUCCUCGAACCAAACACCAAAAAUACGAUUCAACGUUUUCAAAUCUGGCUGUGCUUUCGGGAGAAGAAAACUUUUGGUUGAAAACACAAGUUCGAUUCCGCUGUACGUCGAUUGGCAUUCUUUCUUAAUUAAUGAAAGCAUCAAGGAAAAACCAUUUAGUUUGAUUCUGGAAAUGCUUACACCAUUCAUCGGCAUAGACGAAUUUUUGCUCACAAAUCCAAGUUUCUAUCAUGCUAUUAAAAAAUUUUUUAGUUGCGCUUUAAAUCCAUACCAAAGUAAAGAAAACAAAAUUCAAGUUAACACCGGCCAAGUUAGCAGUGGUAGCGAUAUUUUUGGACACAGGAAUAAGACGCACGUUCAAAAUAGCGCUUCGUUGGAUAGUCAAUUAUCCGUAUUGAAAAUUAGUACUGACGAGUUCGGCGAUUCGGAAAAUAAUGUCAAAUCAACUACCAGUACGUUGCAUCUUUUACCGAAUAACAUAACGAUUAAAAAAUCAAAAGACACCGAGUUCCAGCUGUGUUUGGUUCCCUAUUACGGAGAUUCAACGAGUGACAUCGUUUUAAUAACCCCCAAAGAACUGUUUUUACCUCCAAAAGAAAAACGCUACAUCUAUAUCAAUGUAAAUACCGACAAAUUCACUGGAAAUGUCGAAAAAAUCGCGUGCAAAAUUUGUGGAUUUAUAAGGAUACCGCCACUUUUUAAAUACAGGGAUAACGUAUUUUUUCGAAAAGAUGGUUAUUAUUUGCCACCUACAGAAGUUGAUUUGGAAUGUAGUAUUAGGAAUCCCAGCUUGUUUAUACAGACUGAUAAGUCUCAAUGUAUUUUUGAAUUUUUCACCAAAGAUUUCUUGCAACAAGCUAAUAACAAGUUGCACGUUAAGAAAAAAGUUUUACUAAAAAAUUUUGAAGAAGAAAUUAUAGAACUUGCACUUGACAUUCCUCAACCUUUUCAAAUAUAUCGUGUAAGGACAGAACGUGAGACUUUUCGUAGUAGACGUGGAUCGGUACACCCUGGCGAAAGUAUGGAGAUUGCAAUUAAAUGUACACUUGAUAAAGGCUGGUUAGCAAAGAAAAUGAAUUCAAGUAAGAAUGGCAAUUUUAGCACGAUUGACGUAAAUAAACAAUUGACAAUUAUUUAUAAAGAAGGAUUUACGAAAGCAGUUCCAGUGUUUAUGAAAAUUCAUUUUCCUACUCUCAAAUCUUCGAUUAACUCCUUAAACUUUGGUGAAGUAAUUGUAGGAGAGUCUAAAAGUCUCACAUUUGAAAUAAAAAAUAUGCAAGAUAGAUCUCAACAAUUUGAACUUCAAAGCCGUGCGAAUAACGAGAUAUUUACACUUUAUCCUACCAAAGGUUUGCUAGCAGCUCGCGGAAUCGCGAAUAUUGAUGUAAUGCAAAUUAUGGCGCGUUUCACCCCGAAGAAACCUGGAAUAUUCAAAGGAGCGAUAGACAUUGUUUCAGGAAUUGACGGUAUCGUAUCAAAAUGUUCCUGGGAAGGUCAGGCGCAUUUAUAACGAGAAAAUUCUCCUUUUAUGAAAG